GUUCAAGGUCACCGAAACUGAGAAGCGCCAGCCUCCAGGACACCUGUGAAGCCUUCCUACAUGUUAUCCUGACUAUCAUCACUUUAAGGUUCUAUGCUUUGACAGAUGUGCUCAUGAAACGAGUGGUAUUAACAACUAUAGUAGGUCUUCCGGGAAGUGGAAAAAGUUCAUUAUGUGAACGUCUACGUCAGUUAAAUUCGGACGAUUGUUUAGUUGUGUGGAUAGAGUAUGAUAAACUCAUUCCAGUGCAGUUAUUCUGUCCGAAAUCGGAUAGUUCUGAUUGGAAGGAUUGGCGUCAAGCUGUUGUUGGUUGUUUUGAGAAACUGCUAGCUUUCUGGAAGGUGGUCGACUUCGCACACGAUUUCAAUGAAAAAGAAAAAAUUAUAUGGCUGAGUAUCAACAUCUACUCUACCCCGGAUGCAAAAGACAUCAUAGUUUUAUUGGACGACAAUUUCUAUUACUGUAGUAUGCGUCGUUCAUUCUAUAAUCUAGCAAGAAAGUACUCAUGUAGUUAUGCGUCAAUAGUUUGUAAAUGUGCGGUGGAUACCUGUGUCUUGAGAAAUCGCACCAGACCAGAUCCGGUUCCUGAGGAUAUUAUUCAAAAUAUGGAGAGGAAAUUCGAAUGGCCUGAUCCAGUUAACAAUUUAUGGGAGAAGCAUACAAUCACAAUCAGUUCGCAUCAAGAAAGUGUACAUAGCCCAGUUAGCUUGCUUGAUUUCUUGAAAGUGUUGUUGAACCAACCGAUUAUAAAUGAAGAUUCUAUAAGAGAUGAAGAAAGGAACAAAAGCAAGCUGAUUAAUCUGGAUAGUUUACUUCAUAAUGUGGAUAUUCACUUGAGAAAAAUCACAAACCACACAAUAAAAUCUAAAGAUUAUUUGUGGCGAACUCAGUAUGCAAAACUGAUGUCAAAUAUUAAGGCAGAAUGCUUACAAAAACUUGACGAAACCAUACAUAGAGAAAAUUCUAUUUGGACAAUUGAAAACUGUCAACAGUUUGCAGAAAAACUGUUCUAUGAGAAACUUGAUGAAAUUCUUGUUACUAAGGCACUAACUAGUUAAAUGGAAGUUAUUUGAAAUAAAGUUGUAAAAAACGAUUGUAUAAGUACACAAAUAUGCUGUUGUAUAUUUUGAAGUACCCAGCAUUGCAACCCAUGUUUUCACACUUAUUUUGCCAUAGAUACUUCAUUUACAAGUUUGAUUUUUUAUAAUAUGAAUUACACUCAUCGAUAAUGUAGUUGUGAGUUUGAUCUUGUUGAUAUUUACCUCUUCAACUUAUUCUGUAAAUAAAACAAUGGGCCAGUAACUAAUUGAUUUAUCGAAAAACUCUACAUCUUUUUUUAUUUCUGGAUCACUCUACAUACU